AUGAGCCUUCCCGGAAACUACCGGCCGGAAAGUUACCGGCCGCAAGAGACUUACCGGCCACAAGAGGCGCUUUCGCCGGCGAGGAACGACGGGCCGGCCAUGGGAUGGGUGGCCCGGCCGCGCGGGGCGAGGGGGAGUUUGGACGGGGGAGGUGCGGGAGGCGCGGGAGGCGCGGGAGUCGCGGGCGGAGCGGAGAGGCGCACGCGGAGUGUUGCAAGCAGCGGGGAAGGAAGGGCAAGGAUGUUUGGCGGAAGCGCAGGCGCAAGCGCGGAAGGGAGGUUUGGAUUCGGCGCAGGCGGAGCGGAGAUCCGCGGAGGAUUUUCCGCGGAAGGGAGGAACGCGUAUAUCCCCGACGCGAAAGCGGGGGCGUACGGCGCAGGGGGAGGAUAUGGCGCAGCGGGGGAAGGAAUCGGCGCGGGGGGCAGCGCGGGGUUCAGCGCGGGCGGCGGAAGCAGCGGAAUCAGCGGAGGGGCGGAGUUCAGCAGCAGCGCGCUGAUUGGUGCAGCGCAUGGACCGCAGCCUGUGACUGUAGCGGUGAACAUUCGACCGCUUAUAUCGAGGGAGCUUACAACGAGGUGCAUGGAGUGCGUCACUGUUCCCCCUGGAGGCGCGCCGCAGGCAGUGGCUGAGUGGACUUUUGAGUCUGACUCAGAUUUGACUUCUGAGUCAACUCGAAAGUCAAUUGGUUCUCGACAGCCAGGGCCUGAGUGGGUGGUUCAGCAUAUGUGUAGUGGGGACGGUGGUCUACCCACCCAUGCCUUCUUGUCGCUAUCCUUUCGUUCUGCGCCCCUCCCCCAUCCUUUCCCCGACAUCACAGGUCCGCGUGCUAUCGGAUUGGCUAUUCACGUUCGGGUGCUACCUGAUUGGCUGUUUACCUAUGACCAUGUGUACGGGGGUGGCGGUGGGCGCCCCAUGUCGUAUCUGUUUGGCGACUGCAUCGAGCCGCUGGUGCUGGGGCUGUUCGAGGGGUACAACGCUACAGUCUUCGCGUAUGGGCAGACCGGGUCAGGGAAAACCUACACCAUGGGGACGGCAGUGCAGGGCGGCAUGUACGGGGACGUGGACGGCGGCGGGCCGUCCGCCGUGGAGAAGGAGGGCGGUGUGACUCGGCGCGUAGUGGACACACUGUUCACGCGCGUGGAGCAGCUGAGUGGCUUGGCGCGCUUCCAGAUCCGAGUGGCUCUCAUCGAGAUCCACAAGGACGACAUUCGAGACCUGCUGGAAUUGACCAGUCUAGGGGCAGGAGGAGGGGCGAGCAUGUACCCGCACUCUGCUGCCUCGCGGGCCAUCAUGAGCACCGGGCCGAGCCGGCAGCCAAUCAGCAUCCGCGAGACGGCGGGCGGCAUCAGCCUGGCGGGGGUGACGGAGCAAGUGGUGCACUCAAGAGAGGAGGCGAUUGCGUGCCUUGAGGACGGGCUGUUGUUCCGCGCCACUGGAGGGCACAACCUGAAUGCGAGGUCCAGUCGCUCCCACGCCAUCUUCACCAUUUUCAUCGACCAGUUCCGCCCCCGAGGGGGGGGGAUGGGCGCGCGGGGAGGGGGAGGGGGGAGGGGGCGCGCGGACGAGGAGCAUCUGUGCGCCAAGAUGCAUCUGGUGGACCUGGCUGGGUCGGAGCGAAUCAAGAGGACUCACGCUGAGGGGGUGCGCAUGCAGGAAGCAAGGAUGAAGACGACCGGCGCAAGUAAUAAUCUUCCCACCCACAUCCUUCUCCCCACUGCGCCUUCCUACAUCCCUCGCCCAGGUAUCCACAUCAAUCGUGGGCUACUGGCACUGGGGAAUGUCAUCAGCGCCCUCAGCAGCAAGGAUAAGGACGACCGGCGCAAGCGGGAGGGCAAGGGCGGGUGGCCGUCCGGGCCCACACACGUGCCGUACCGCGACAGCAAGCUGACAAGGCUGCUACAGGACUCGCUGGGCGGCAACAGCAGGACUGUUAUGAUCGACAGCAACAUAGACGAGACAAUCAACACCCUCAAGUACGCCAACCGAGCGCGCAACAUCUGCAACAAGCCCACCGUCAACCGGCUGGGAGAAAUCGACGCAGAGGAGGUCCGGCGGCUGCGGCAGCAGAUCAGCCUGCUACAGUCCGAACUCGCCCGCGCCUCCUCCGCCGCCUCCGCCGCCCACAAUGAUGACGAGCUACAGCAGCUGCAGCAGCGUGUUGAUUGGCUGGAGUCGAGUAACGGGAAGCUGAGGCAGGGAUUGGCUGAGGCUCAGCAGGCGUUGUCAGUGCAAGAGCAAAAAGCGGCUGAUGCUGAGGGGACUUGUGUGAGGUUGAGGCGGGAAAUGGCCGCGGCGAUUACGGCGCUGGAUCAGGAACGGUCCGAGGCUGCGCUGCUCCGGCGCCGAGCCGAGGAGGGUGGUUCGGCGGGGGAGGGAGGGAGGGGAGGGGUGGAUGCGGCCGAGGUGGCGAGGCUGAGGGAGAGGGUUGCCGAAGCUGAGGCGAAGGCUUGGAGGGAGGCGGAGCGGGCGGAGGAGGUGGAGGUCCGGGCCGAGGCGGAGAGGCAGCGGGCCGACGGAGCUGAGGAGGAGGCUCGGCAGGCUGUGGUUCGGGCGGAGGAGGCCGAAGCUCUGGCUUGGGAACUGAAGGUGCAGGCAGCAGCAGCCACGGCCCGAGCCGAAUCAGACUCGGGAAACCUUGCCGAAGCUCAGGCUGGGUGGGAGAAGCAGAUGGAUUCGUUACGGGAAGCAGCGGCAGCUGAAGGGGUGAAACGGGCGGUGUUAGAAGCAAGAUUGGAACAGGUGCAGGAGGAGUGUGAGGGGCUGAGGAGGAGGGUGGAGGAGGAGAGAGUGAGGGCGAAGAGCGCUGAAGCUGCGUUGGCUGUGGAGAGAGGGAGAGGGGAGAGGGAUGUGGAGGUGGGGCGGUUGACUGCUGAGGUUGAAGUGACUAAGCUGCAGGCGGAGGUGAGUAUAUUGAAGGAGCAAGCGGCAGCAGAAGCAGGGAGAGCAGCGGAAGCAGUAGCAGCGGCGAAAGAAGCGAGGGAAGAUCUGCAGGUGUUUAGACAAGAUGUGCAUGUGCUGUCGCAGCGAUUAUCCAGUGCUGAGGAUGCUCUUAAAGAGGAAGAAGCAAAGUCUAUCGAGCUGGAAUUAGAGGUGGCAAGGCUGAAGGCGGACCUUGCUGCUGCUGAGGCUGUAACCGGUGUGGCUAAAAAGAGGGUGGAUGAAGCCGAGGCUGAGGUUCGGCGGGCCCGAGCCGAAGGCGCGGAGGCUCGGGUGAGAGGGACUGGUUCGGCGGGAUGGAGGUGGAGUGAGGACGAGGAGGAAGAGGAAGAGGAGGAGGAGGAGGAGGAAGGAGGGGGAGGGGGAGAGAGUGAGGGAGGAAGUGAGGUUGUUGCAUGGGAGUGUGGGGGAGCUUGCAAAGGAGUUGGGGAUAGAGUGGGGAGGGGGAGAGGAAGGACGGAAGGGUAUGUCCGGGGAGGAGGGGGAGGAGGCGGAGGAGGAGGGAGAGAGGCAGGUGGGAGAAACGUGGGGGCUGUAUCGAGCCACGAAAGACUGGUUUGGGUGCUGGAAGAGGUUCGGCGCAGGCUUGGGCUCACAGGAGACAGUUCAGCUGGUGCAGGCUCGGCAGGCCAGGAGAAUGAAGCAAGGGGUGAGGAGGGAGCGGAGGGAGGGGAGGGAGAGGAGGAAAAGGGUGGAGAUGAGGGAAGAAAGAGCAGCAGUGGGGAGGAUGAGGAUGAGAGGGUGUGGGUGGAAGAAGUCAGAAAAGCCCUCACAGCAGCACACGAGCAGGAUAUGAAGGAGGUCAAGAAGGAGAUUGAGGCACUGGAGAAGAGGGCAGGAGAGGCUCAGAGAAACGCGGAAGAGGCUCGGCUGCAGCUGGUGCAGGCUCGGCGCAGCCUGCAGGAGGCUCGGGAAGAGGCGGAGCAGGCUCGGAGGCAGUCGGAGGAGGCUCGGGGGGAGCUGGAGGAGGUUCGGGCGAAGGCUGAGUGGGGUGAGAAGGGGAGAGAGGUGCUAGAGAGGGAAGUGGAGGAGGGGAGAGAGAAGAUGAGUGAGAUGGUUAAGGAGAUGGAAAGAGUUUUGAGUGAGGUGAAGAUUGGGAAGGGGAGAGAGGAGGAGGCAGAGAGGAGGAGAGUGGAGGUGGAGAAGGAGAUGGAGAGGGUGAGAGAGCGGUUGGAAGCGGUGGAGGGAGAGAGAGAGGCACUGAGAGGGGUGGCCGAGGAGGCUGAGAGGGAGAAGGAGGAGGUGGAGAGGAGGAGGGAGGAGAUGGGGAGGAGGGAAAGGGAAAUGGAGGGGAAGGUGGAGGAAGCAGAGAUGAGGGUGGAGGGGUUGAGAGAGGAGCUAGAGGAGCAGAGGCGAGAGGUGGCAGUGAGGGAGGAGGAGGUUGGGGAGGUGAGACGGAGGUUACAGGCGAGGGGGGAGGAGAUGGAGAGAUUGAAGCAGGAGUUGGAGGCAAAGGAGGAGGAGAUAGAGGAGCAGAGGCGCGAGAUAAGGGCGAAGGAGGAGGAGGUGGGGGAGGUGAUGGAGAGGCGAGUAGCGGCAGAGCAGCAGGCAGCCAUGGAGGCGGAGCAGGCUGAGAGGGUGACGGCACAGCUGCAAUCCCUGCUUGGCCUGCUUGAAUCAGCUACAUUCCUGGCACUGCCAUCAGAGGAGCUACUGGGGGAGCUGGCAGCAAAGUACCCGCAGCUGGAGCAUCUCCUGUUGCUCAUGGACGCCCCAGGCAUGGCUGGGAUGCCCCUGGGUGGUGCGAGUUCCCCCUCUGCCUCGCCCUACCGCUACACUGUGUCUCACCUCUCCUCCUCUCACACUCACUCUCCUGUGUCUGGGCCUCUAGAGGGGCCGGAUGGGGCGGAGGAGGGUGAGAAGGGCGAGGAGGGUGGUGAGGAGGGAGAGGGUGGUGAAGGUGGUGGUGAGCAUGGAGAGGGUAGUGGUGGUGGUGAGGAGGGAGAGGGUGGUGAAGGUGGUGGUGAGCAUGGAGAGGGUAGUGGUGGUGGUGAGGAGGGAGAGGGUGGUGAAGGUGGUGGUGAGCAUGGAGAGGGUAGUGGUGGUGGUGAUGAGGCGAUGCAAGUAGCGCUUUUGGAUGGGCAACAGAAGGAGGAGGAAUUAGCUUUGGUGCCCGCAGCAGCAGAGCAGGGAGAGGUGAUGCUAACGAGUGGUGGCACUAUUGAGGAGGAGAGUACUCAGCUCGCUAUAGUGCCAGCACCUGCAGACGAAGCGCUGUAUCUGGUUACAACUGCCAGUGAUGAAUUCAGUCGCAUGGAUGGGAUGAAUGCUGGGAAAGGCGAGGAGCAAGGUACGGGUGGUGGUAUUGUGGUAAGAAGCAGUAGCAGCAACGGUAGCAAGGUGCCAAGAAGCAGUUCACAGCGCAGCAAGCCUCUGUUCUACCUCUACCCAGAUGCUCCUGACUCACACCAUGCUGCAGCAAAGGAUGCUUCAGCAGCAGCAGAGGACGGAGUGGAGGCUGCAGGGGAUGACGAGGCAUGGGGAGCAAGUGGGGAGGGAGACAGACUAUCUAGGUUCAACCGGGGUAACCAGUUGCUGCAACGCGUUGAAUCGUCGCAAAGCCCGUCUGCGACGACUCUCCCUUGCAUCGCUGCCAAGCUGUUGGGUGCUAAGCGCGCCGUCGUCAUCGCGUUGGACGCUAUGGCGUCAGUUCAAUCAGCAGCCUCGCUAGUGGCGUCCCCGUUUAGAAUACCAUUCGCCCCCGCUCCGUGCCGCGCGGCAGUCACUGAUAGGUCCAGAACAGGCAGCGGAGACGCAUACAGCGCGAAUGGCGCAGCGGAAGGAUCCGCGGGGGGUCCGCGGAAGCUGCGCGUGGGGGAGAUGGCGGCGGACAUGAAGCGCAUCCGCGCGCAGAUGGAGGAGGACGAGCAGGUCGCGUCGCUCAUGCGGGGAUUGCGCGGGCAGAACCUCCGGGACGAGCAGUUCGCCGAUGCUGACGUCACGAUGCGGCUCGUGGAGUUCGACACCGGGAAAGGCGGCGAGGAGGCGCUUCCGCUGGUGUACGACCCGGAUUUAAUAGCAACUUACUGGCAGAAGCGGCCCGGCGCGAUCUUCAGCCGAAUCGUGCAGCUUCUCGCUGUAUCGGGGGAUUUCUUAACGAAGGUCGCGGCGGAUAUAGUCACGAAGAAGCUGAAGGAGAACGAGGUGAAACGCGCGAUGGAGUUGAGAGAAAUAGUGACGUCCUUAGGUCCGGCGUAUAUCAAGCUCGGACAGGCGCUUAGCAUCCGGCCCGAUAUCCUGUCGCCCGCCGCGAUGGUGGAGCUACAGAAAUUGUGCGAUAAAGUUCCGUCGUUCGAUAACGAUAUCGCGAUGGUUCUUAUGGAGGAUGAGCUUGGUUUGCCCCCGUCCGAGGUGUUUUCGGAACUUAGCCCGGCACCGAUUGCAGCAGCGUCACUCGGGCAGGUUUACAAGGGUAAACUCAAAUCUACUGGGGAAGCCGUGGCGGUGAAAGUUCAGCGGCCUUAUGUUUUGGAGACGGUCACGAUUGAUUUGUACAUUAUCCGACGGCUAGGGCUGGCUCUCCGCGGCAUUCCCCAGAUUGCGACGGACGUGGUGGGAUUGGUCGACGAGUGGGCCGCGCGAUUUUUCGAGGAGCUGGAUUACGUCAACGAAGCUCGCAACGCGGAGCUUUUCGCCGAAUCGAUGGCGAAGGACCUACCGCAGGUCGUGGUUCCGAAGCCCUUCAUGGAAUACACCUCUCGCCGAGUGCUGGUAACCCAAUGGAUCGAAGGCGAGAAGCUUUCGCAGAGCACGGCAGACGACGUGGGUUCGCUCGUCAACGUGGGGGUUAUUUGCUACUUGAAGCAGUUAUUAGACACAGGUCUUUUCCACGCCGAUCCGCAUCCCGGAAACCUAAUUCGAACGCCAGACGGGAAGCUAUGCGUGCUCGAUUUCGGCCUGAUGACGCGAAUCACCGACACGCAGAAGUACGGCAUGAUCGAGGCGAUCGCGCAUCUCAUCCACCGCGAUUACCCCGCGAUCGUCGAAGAUUUCGUCCUCCUAGAUUUUAUCCCCGAGGGCGUGAAUCUGAACCCGAUCAUGCCGGUUCUCGCGCGCGUUUUCGACCAGGCGUUGGAGGGCGGCGGCGCCAAGGGGAUUAAUUUCCAGGAGCUCGCAGCGGAUCUCGCGCAGAUCACGUUCGAGUACCCGUUCCGCAUCCCGCCGUACUUCGCGCUGAUCAUCCGCGCUAUAGGCGUCCUCGAGGGGAUCGCGUUAGUGGGCGACCCGGACUUCGCUAUAGUCGACGCGGCCUAUCCGUACAUCGCGCAGCGGCUUCUAACUGACCCGUCUCCGCGCCUGCGCGAAGCGUUAAGAUACACCAUUUAUGGGCGCUCCGGCGUGUUCGACGCGGACCGCUUUAUAGACGUCAUGGAGGCCUUUGAGACGUUUGCGGCGAAUGCCAAGUCAGGGCGGGGCGCGCAAUUCGCGGACUGGGGGGCGGACGCGGGUGGGGAAGGGGAAGUGGUGGAGGUAAUUUCUACAGAUGGUGCUACUGGUGAUGUCAAUGGAGUUGCGACUGUGACUGUAAACGGGAGUGCUUCUAACGGUGCAGGUUCAACAAGCACUGGCCUCCCUUCCUCCUCCUCCUCCUCCCAGCCCUCCCUUCUCUUCCCUCCCUCCUUCCUCCCUUCCUCCCCUUUCGAAACUCUCUUCCCCACCACCACCCUCGUCUUCCCGGAAGCUUCCCUCCAGCUGUCAGAAGCUGAGCUCAGCAAUACAGGCAACGCUCGGGCGGCACUCGCCUUCAUCCUCUCGCCCCGCGGCGCCUUCUUCCGAGAUUUUAUUCUCGACGAGGUGGUGAAGGGAGUGGACGCGCUGGCACGGGAACAGAUCGCGUCGCUGCUGAACGUCUUAUCGAACCCCACGUCGCCGAGCGCGACCGCUGUGAUAAGGAACACGCCCUUGGCAGGAGCGCUGCCGCUGCUCAUGCUGCUGCCGCCGCUGCCCGGGCAGCAGCAGGUGCAGGAGCUGGUGCAUGCGGUUACCCCACGAGUUACGGACGAGGAUCGGGCGGUGCUGGAGAAUCUGAGAAAGGUUGUGGCUUUCCUAAGCCGUGGAAGUGAUAACAGCAGCGACAGCAGCAGUGGUUAUACCACGGAGGAUGAAGCGAUGUGGGCUGUGGAUGGGAGAGUGAACCCCCAGCAGCAGUCUCAGCAAGGGCCAUUGUUGUCAGUGCUAAGGGACCAGAUGGCUGCAGUGGCGCUGUCUCAGGAGCUGGGUUCUCUGCUUCCCAGCGUUGCCGUGCAGAUUGUUCCUGAAGUAGCGAGCCGGCUGUCGUCCCGAGUGACUGCCAGGUUUAUUCGAGAUGUGUUUCUGGAUGCUUGA